AGGCGAGUCGCCCGCGGGGUGUGCCCGCCGCCCGCAGCAUGCACGGCGCCGCUAUCCCCGAGGACGUCUGCGGCCUCCUGGCAGAUGUCGACACGUUUAUUUCCCAGACCCUAAAAGGAGAAAAUUUGUCCAAGAAAGCAAAGGAGAAAAGGGAUAUUCUUCUUAAGAAGAUAAAAGAUGUUAAGGCAAGUUACCCUCAAGAAUUCCAGGAUAAAGAAUUGGAAGAUGAGGAAGAGUCAGAGAGCUCCUUUUCUUCACCUCCUGACAGUGCCUCAAUAGCAUCUGACCGAUGUGAUAAAGAGGAUGAAGCACAUUCUGAUGGGAAUCAGUUUCCUCCUAUUGCAGCUCAAGAUCUUCAGUUUGUUCUGAAGGCUGGAUAUCUGGAAAAACGCAGAAAAGACCACAGUUUUCUUGGCUUUGAAUGGCAGAAGCGUUGGUGUGCUAUCAGUAAGACGGUUUUCUACUAUUAUGGAAGUGACAAAGACAAACAACAGAAAGGUGAAUUUGCCUUAGAGGGCUACACCAUCAGAAUGAAUAAUAGCCUUCGGAAGGACGCAAAGAAAGAUUGCUGUUUUGAAAUCUCCGCUCCUGAUAAGCGCAUUUAUCAGUUUACAGCUGCCACUCCCAAAGAAGCAGAGGAAUGGGUACAGCAAGUGAAAUUUGUAAUUCAAGAUAUGGAAUCUAAUACUAUUCCUGAGGAAGAGGAGGAAUAUGAUGAUGUUGGACAUGCAAGCAGUGUGCCAAUAGAUGACAGCAUUUAUGAAGAACUUCCAGAAGAAAAUGCUCCUCCAAAGACUGAAAUGCCAAGGAAAUGGAGCCAGGAGAAAGUAGACGCUGCAUCAGAUGGCAAAAAUACCGAUUAUGCCAAUUUCUAUCAGGGUCUGUGGGACUGCACCGGAGAUGUACCUGAUGAGCUGACAUUUAAGCGUGGUGAUGUUAUCUACAUUCUCAGCAAGGAGUACAAUAGAUUUGGCUGGUGGGUAGGAGAAAUGAAGGGAACCAUUGGCUUGGUGCCUAAAGCCUACAUAAUGGAGAUGUAUGAUAUUUGAGAGGCCUGGGAGAAGUCUGCGCUUGAAAUCAGGAGUGGUGUGCAGCUGCAGUUUACAGACCUGACCUCUGAAAGAUGAAGAUUCUGCCGUAUACAUUUUGUGGUUUCAGUGAAUGUAGUCAGAUUGUAGCCUUGUAUAUGUUAAACGUUAAAAAUGGCAAUUGAUCACAAUUCUGCGGAAAUGUUCUUGGUCCCUUUUUACAGAAUUGUAUGCUAGGAAAUGAAAUAGAUGGUAUUUAACAUAUGGGGCACAAGCAGUCACACAGCGCCUGUUGCUCUUAAGUGUAUUAGCAGCACUCUAUUGCUAUAGGCUUGUGUUCUAACCCACGCAGUUUGGCUCUGUGUUCCCAUUACUCAGAUUGAGAAAAAUGGAGCUGAACUUUGAAAGCAGAAAACUAUUGCUCAGUUCACGCGUACGUUAAUUGCUGGAGUAGUUCACAUUUUUGCGGUUUCUAUGAAAAUCAAAGGAAAUUUCUAUGUAAUAUUUUAAGUCUUAAGGUUGUUCUGCUUCCAAAUGUGUUUUUUUUUUGUUCAUUUACAUUCUUCAAUUUUUUACAUUUCAGCCGAUGAUUAAUUUUUCUUCUAUAUUUAGCAUUGUUAAUAUGAACCAGUUAGGUUACAACCAAAUGAAGACUUGGUUCUUGUGCUGAUGUACGUCAGUCUGUGUGGGGUAGCAUUCUGACUUGCUGAAUUACGAAUUAUUUUGGCAAAAACAAUGCAUUAGAACACUUUCUGGUAAGCCAAUGUGAGCUGAAUUGCAGGUGAGAAUGAUUUUGUAGGUGGUGAUGGUGUAAUACUUUCAAAAUCUGAUCUUGUAAAGGGCUGCUUGCAAUCUUUAAUGUCGCAUCCAGAACUCUGUAGCUAGGAGCAUCAGCUGAAGCAAACAGAAAGCCCCCUCUAAAAUACUCUCACUUGUGGACAAGGAGUUGGCUACGUCAGAGUUAAUGCUUGUUUGGGAGAUUUGCAUUGCUGUUAGCAUGCAGGAUCCUCUGUUCUGGAUCCUCCCACCCAGUAAUGUCUGAGGGCUGGGAGGGCGGCCUGAGUGCGCUGAGCCUGGGCAGCCCCUGCACUUCUAACAUGCGUGCACUUUGGCAGCCCUGUGUGUGUGUGGUUCGGAGGUAAUGCCGAGCUGAACUCAGGGGUAGUAACCAAUUCAUGGUACUUUCUGGUACACAGGAUCCUAAUAGGAGGCAAACAGGGUGCGGAAUUUUUUAAUUUUUUUUUUUUCUUUUUUUUUUUUUAGCAAUAGCCAUUUGCAAUGGGCUCUGUACGUUAUCAGUGAAAUGUUAAAAUGAUAGAUUAUAGUCUUCAGCUCUUUUACUACUUUAAUUUAUCAAGCGGACUGUGCACUGAAUGCAAAGCACUACUCUCGUGGCUGCAAAAGCUCCACUUUUCUGGCCAUCACGAAAUCCGCGCCCCGACUUGCCUUCUCCCCGCCACGCCGCCCCCUGGGUUGGGGUCAGUAGGGCAGGGCCGACCCGCGCCGCGCACCCUGGCCGGCAGGUGGCAGCAAAGGGUCGCGGCGCGGCCCGGCCCUCCUGCGGGCUGCCCGGGAGAGGGCGCCCUCCCCCCAGCGAUGGGCCCGGCCCUGCGGCACAGAGCCUUUGUCUGCGGGGGUAGCGCCCCCUCCUCGGGCGCAGGGGGGAGGCGAGCUGCCUGGCGGUCCAAGGAAGAAAGUCCCUCGGAGCGUCGCGGCUAAAGCAGCUGAUGGACUGUUCGCUCUCAAUCUAUGCAAAUACCAUCGCCUUUUUUGGAGAAAAAACCCUCCACUCGUGCUACUUUGCACAAAACUCAGGGUUAAAAACGCCGGUUGCCUUAUUGUCGUUGUUGGCUCAGGUCUGUCUCUCUGCCCGUUCUGUUAAAUGUGGCGCUAAGACACGUUUUGUGCCGCUUUUCUCGCUUAUGUGCUCUGCUCUGCAUUUGUGCUGCGCUGCCAUUAGAUCUUACAGUAAUGUUCUACUCUGCAAAUUUUUAAGGUUCAAAUAAAGUUUAAUUGUUUGCAAA